AUGUCUCAGCUCUGCUGCACCACAGCGACCAGGAUUCAUCAAGUGCCGUUCAAGAGAUGCCACAUCUUGACGCUCUCUGGGUUGCGGCGAAUGUCAAGUGAUAGCGCCUGGCUCAUCAAGCUCAUCCCCCCGCCGUGCGACUCGCAGCCGUGCCAGCGGGGGGCUCGGUGCGUGGAGAUCAGCCAAGACGACUUCAGGUGCAACUGUCCCAGAGGCUACACAGGGAAGGUUUGCGAAAUAGACGUCGACGAGUGCUCACCGAACCCGUGCCAGAACGGAGGCCGCUGCAUCGACGGCGCGGCCUCUUACACCUGCGACUGCGCGCAGGGGUUUACGGGCACGCGCUGCGAGACUGAUAUUGACGAAUGCACUUCGGAUCCGUGCCAGAACGGAGGCCAGUGUGUGAACGGGGCGGGCUCGUUCACGUGCAGCUGCCUGGCAGGGUACACGGGGACACUCUGCGACUCAGAUAUUGACGAAUGCACUUCGGAUCCGUGCCAGAACGGAGGCCAGUGUGUGAACGGGGCGGGCUCGUUCACGUGCAGCUGCCUGGCAGGAUACACGGGGACACUCUGCGACUCAGACGUGAACGAGUGCGCGUCGAGCCCCUGUCUGAACGGAGGGAGGUGCCGCGACGGGGUGGCGGCGUUCACGUGCGAGUGUGCGCCCGGGUUCACGGGGACGCGCUGCGAGACAGACGUGAACGAGUGCGCGUCGAGCCCCUGUCUGAACGGAGGGAGGUGCCGCGACGGGGUGGCGGCGUUCACGUGCGAGUGUGCGCCCGGGUUCACGGGGACGCGCUGCGAGACAGCGGCGCCGCGGGACCCUUGCCAGCCCAAUCCGUGCGCGAACGGCCGCUGCGAGGGCCAACAAGGCGAAACCUUCCGGUGCGUCUGCCUGCCCGGCUUCACGGGCCGGCUGUGCGACAGUCCCGUCGCCCCCCCAACCGCGCCGCCCCCACCGCCGACGCCGCCGCCACCCACGCCCCCGCCACGCAGAGGUGAGCGAGCGAGGGAGCGCGUGCGGCGCUGUCGUCUCUGGCCACUGCUCGUACGGUGCGAAAGAAGUGCAACGUACAUGCGUGCAACGUGGCGAUCGUUGCCGUGCGGAGUGGACCUGUGGAGUGGAAUUAUAUCCGCAAAAGUCCGAGUCAUCUGGGUUUGGUUUGGUCGUUCUGUUUUUUAUUUUAUUUUUUGGCCGCUGCCUCUGUCCGGUCAACGACAGCCUGCGGAGUUUUAAUGAAAUAUUAAUCUGUGGAUUCCGUGGCGUCGUUCGCAUAGUGCAGUCAACCAGACCAGUGAAACAUUUGGUCAAAUGUUUAGUUUAGUGAAUGUUGGUGUCAGGGAUGUGCAAUCCGUCUCCCCCCCCAAAAAAAAUCUACACGACGAAGGGGAGAGAAACAUACAGGUGUCAGGGUUGGGAUCAAACCCACGACCUCCUGUAUACCAGGCGAGGCAGAUAACAUCUCGCCACCGGGGUGCCCAACAACGAAGGAAAAACUCCGCUGUGUUGUUGAUGGAUAUAUUCACUGCUAGUUGCGUGAACAAAGUCUAAUACUGCUCCAACGCUAGAGCUGCGUUUACACCGGGAAUCUUCCUCCGAACAAAGGGGUGGUUCGAUCGGA